CGAAAUUGUUUGAUUGAUUGACGCGACUCAAAAGUGGUGCUGAGCAACCAACACUUUUCCUUCGAGCCGGACAAAGCUUACACACACACACACCUCUCCGAGAGACAAGAAGAGGCCAUGCCGGGAUUACCGAGUCAGGCGCCGACUUCUUCGACGGGCCUAUCGUAUCCCGAGAUCAAGGAAUACCGGAUCGUGCAGCACAUCGGCGGCGGAGGCUUCUCGCGCGUGUUUCGAGCCAUCACGGCAGCCAAUGUCAGGCACAAGGUCGCUGCCAUCAAGGUCGUCUCGUACGCCAAGCCCUCGUCGCAGACGCUUCACCCACAGCACGCCCCCGAUCGAGCGGCGCUCAAGAAGGAGGUGCAGAUUCACAAUGUCCUCAAGCACAAGAACGUCCUUGAAUUCCUGGCCGUCGACGAAUUUAUGCCCGGGGAAUCGAGGACCUCCAACUAUGUCCCGGGCCUUUACAUGGUCCUUGAACUAGGCGCUGGUGGUGAUCUCUUUGACAAGAUCGCCCCCGACGUGGGCCUGGACGAGGACACAGCGCAUUUCUACUUCUCCCAGCUCAUCGAUGGACUCGAGUAUAUCCACUCACAGGGCGUGGCGCACCGCGACGUCAAGCCCGAGAACCUGCUCCUAGACGCCGAUGGGUGCCUCAAGCUGGCCGACUUUGGCCUGUGCAGCGUGUACAGGUACAAGGGAAAGGAGCGCCAGCUCAAGGGUGCUUGUGGAAGCCUGCCCUACAUUGCACCAGAGAUGAACGGCAACCCAUACCGGGGUGAGCAAGCCGAUGUCUGGAGCACCGGUGUCGUCCUCUUUGCCCUCUUGGUGGGAAAUACACCGUGGGACGAGCCGACGCGGAGGAGCGCAGAAUUUGUCGCAUACACUCGCGGCCAAUCCUAUGAUCCGUGGCCAAGGAUCCCAGACGAUGCGCUCUCGCUUGUGCGACACAUGCUGUGCGUCGACCCAGACAAGCGGUACACAAUUGCAGCCAUCAAGGAGCACCGCUGGUUCCGCAGACCCAACUCGCUUCGUUCUGAUCCCGUCACGCUCGCCGAGCGCCUGCUCCACGGCCUCAUCGUUUCGGGCGACAUGGACUUUGGCCUGCACUCCGAUGGAAGACGAGCACCCGUCCCCGAGAACAUCUCAUUGACCCAGCCCGAGGCGUUCGGACCGGGCCUGCAGAGCUUUGAUGAGCGGCUGCCCCCUUCAUCAGCUCAUCCUGCAUUGGGCAACGGGCGAGGGAGGGCGGCGACGACGACGACGACGAAUGCGCGGCACCUGGCCAUGUCGCAGCAGGUGUCGGCUCGCAGAGACAAUGUCCCUCCUGCGAGCGCAGCCGACGGCGCAGGCCUCGUGGCAGGCGCCGCCAGCAGCCAGUUUACCCAAGCCAUGAACCACAUGACGCAGUGGUCCGCCGUCGCCGGGGGCACGGCGAGGUUCAGCCCGCACCUGACGCGCCUCUUUUGCAGCGCACCACCGUCAGACGUUGUGCAGCGCAUCGUGGGCAUCCUCGCCGAGCUCUCGAUCGUCUAUCAUGCCGCGCCGCUCGGCUUCCGGGGCGAUGAAGAGGAGGACGAGGCGCAUGGUGGGCACGACAUUGCUGAAGAGGCAGAGGGCGAUGAUGAUUCGAUGAUGGAAGACGUCGAGAUGAGCGACGGUGCAGCAGCACCAGCAGCGGCGGCGGCGGCCAGAGGCACAACAGGUAGCAGCAGCAGCAGCGCCGCACUGGUCGGGAGCAGAGGUGCGAGGAUCCGCGUGCGGACGAUGGACCGGCGCAAGUGCCUACUCCAGGGCGAGGUGCGCGUGGCCGAGAUUACGCGCAACGGCAGUCCCGUCCUGGAGGAUGAAGACAGCGAGAGCAGGGUGGCCAAGACGUACGUGCUGAUGCGGAGGAGCAAGGGCGAUCCGCUCGAAUGGAGGCGGCUCUUUAGGGCGUUGGCGAAUCACGAGUCACUCAAGCCGCUUGCGGUGACUUCACAUUGAGAUUAGAGAGCCACUGGGGAGCAAGCAUGUGACAAUGUAGAUACAACAACGGAGAGGGCUUCCUUGCCCUAGCCAGGCUUUUUAAAACGAAUAUAUCAACGACGCUU